AUGUCCAGAUGUAACAUCUUGCCAUUCGUUUUCUACGUGUUCCUCUGGCUGGUCGAUCAGUCAUUCUUCCCGUCGUGUGAGGUCUUCCCGUCUCCGUCGCUGCCGAUCCGUGCAGCUUGUUGUUGUUUGGCCUCGAGACCGCUGCCGGAAAAUACAAAAAAUACAAAACUCAACUGGAAGCCCAUACAUGAUGAGGUUCCAGUCUACAAACCUAACUCAAUAGGUUUUUCGAUAUGUCAUAGUCGCGUGUGGGCAGUUGUCGCAUAUGGGCUUUUCCAGAAUCUACACCAACUGGACAGGAACUUGGAAGCGAUCAAGCCGCUAAGCCAUCGCCCCGAGUUCCGCCAGUUGAUGGUGGGCAGCCGUAGGAUAGAGAUAGCCUCUAAAGAUUUAGAAUUUCCGCUGUGCGACUUUUAUUGGGAGAUGGAACCUGCGGAGGAAGCAAAGUGUGGAGGUCUAUUUUCUGUCGCAUCCUUGUGCAAUGGAGCAGAGCUGUUCCACGUCAGUAAGCUUCUGAUUUCUGAGUCGGCUCCGCCUUGGUGCGCACUUAAACCUAGCUGCACUCGCAAGUGGCAGGUCAUCAACGGUCGAAGAGUUCAACACCUUGAAAACUUGGGGCGAGUGUCGACUCCGGCCAGCGAUCAGGUUGAUUGGCGAGGAGUGAUACUCAAAAGAGGAGGACACGGAUUUUAUCUGAGGCUGCGUUGCUACCUUACAGUAGCGCGCCAAUCGACGGGUGAUCAUCGCAGGCGGGAGCUGAUCGCUUUGGUUGGAAGAGAGGUGAUCUGUUCCUGGUUCUGGGGACUCUACAAAAUUGCUACGGAGUACAACCCUAAAGAUGUGCCCCUAAAUCGCAGUUCAGCUCGAGACGGGCUGGAUUCAACGAUUGUUUGUCGAAAGGCCUGCCGACAUUGUGGGCAGUAUAUGGUUUGGAGGCUGAUUGUUUCCCUUCAUAUCGAUUCAGCUAACACAGUCACUGAUGAGCGAUCAUGUAAAGAUUCUUGGCCCAGAGCCUCAUAUACCUCUUACCUCCUCCAGGGGCUGGCAUCACGGGAUAUCUUUCGUAUCAGUCUGGACCGCUUCACACGAAUUGAUUCGGAGAGAAGGCUUGGGCAGAACACAAUGCAAGAAAUUGAAAAGGGGAAUAUUUCUCAUCGAAGUGCUGGACGAGCAAUUGCGGGCGGAAUUUUCUCUCCAGAUUGUUUAAAUGCACGCAUUCUUACCGACUUGAGGUAUCUUAGUCUGUCAAGACCUUUUCCAGAUUCCACCUCUCAGAUUCCCACAAGUCAUAACUCCUACUCAUAUACGUUUAUCCUGGAUCUCGGCAGCGUGGUGCGUUUCGCUGAUCGGUUCUGCUGGACGAUCGUCAUGCGGCUCCUUUGCAGAGUCGGUGGCACCGGUGGACUCGAACACUAUACGACCAUGUUUAGUAACAAUCAGGGAAGGAAUGGAGCCGAAUAUUUCUCUGAGCAUUGGAUGGGAAGGUACUUCCAGUCAAUAGGUGUCGUGGCGAGCAUUGAGGCAUCAGUACGUAUCGAAGAAGUAAAAAACAUUGAACGGGCAACAAAGAAAGAUUGGAGCUGCGAAACAUGCAUCGCCUUGCCAUUGGGCCAGCAGGCCAUCUAUCCUGAUUGGAUGCCGACGAGGCGACCUCUGAGUUACACAUACCUCCCAAAAAAAAUUGCAAAUGAGAUCCACCUGCUCCUCGGCAUCGAUGUCCUGGUGGAGGUGUACGGAGUACCGGUAGAGCAUUGCCGCCAGGAUAGAGACUUGAACAAGUUGAACCGUUCCCCGGUUGAAGACGAUAAAGCUGCAAUUACCUCCGGUCAAUUUCUAGGCCGAGAGAGUCGCGUAGAGGAAAAAGAGUCGAGAUGUGGUCGUCGUCAGAGCGAGUCUACCCGAUAUCUACCUAGGGAUCAUGCCAGCUGGGAGUGGGCCAUGUGGGCAGGCUACGACACUGAACGCCUGCGACCUACCAAUCAAUCAAUCACAAUCAGCGUAAACAAAUAA